CCGUACGCUUCCCUGCAUGGAAACCUGAAGCGGAUCCAUGUGACCCGCCUAUUGGGAUAAUCAUCGUCGCUGCACGCCCAUGUCACAUCAAAGAUCACUCUAACCGUCGCGUACUUGCUGUUAAUCCAGACGUAAGUUGGCGGCACAUUUGCUUUGGAUCCGAUGAUAUUGUUCGGGAUGUGGCGGCUGCAGUAGUAGGAGACAGAAAGAGAGAGACAGAGAGAGAGAGAGAGAGAGAGAGAGAGAUCAGGGAAGAGGAAUUUCCCCCUUCCCAAAGUCCUUGUGUCUCUGGAUUACCUUUAGCGAACGAGGCGACACAAAGGUACAUACAGAGCAAUACAUGGUCCCCCCCAGAAAAGGCUUGCACCCUUACCCCUCACCUCAGUGACCUUCAAGAUCUUCACGACCUACCUAACUCCAAGUGGUCAAGAACACUCCAAAACGUACAACUCUUCUCUCAACCCCGCAGCCCAUAGCAGCUGUUACCAUGGCAGCAGCCAAGCCCAAGGGGCAGAACUCUCUGGCUCUUCAUAAGGUGAUCAUGGUUGGCAGUGGUGGUGUGGGAAAGUCAGCGCUAACUUUGCAGUUCAUGUAUGAUGAGUUUGUGGAAGAUUAUGAACCCACAAAAGCUGACAGCUACAGGAAGAAGGUGGUUUUGGACGGUGAGGAAGUCCAGAUUGAUAUUCUGGACACAGCAGGUCAGGAAGACUAUGCUGCUAUCCGGGAUAACUACUUCCGCAGCGGUGAAGGUUUCCUUUGUGUCUUCUCAAUCACUGAACUAGAAUCUUUCGCAGCAACUGCUGACUUUAGAGAGCAGAUUCUGCGGGUGAAGGAGGACGAGAAUGUCCCCUUCCUGCUGGUGGGGAAUAAGUCCGAUCUAGAGGACAGGAGGCAGGUAAACGCAGAUGAAGCCAAAGCCAGAGCUGAUCAGUGGGGCGUUUGCUACGUGGAGACGUCCGCUAAGACCCGCGCCAAUGUAGAUAAGGUUUUCUUUGACCUCAUGAGGGAAAUUCGUGCUAGGAAGAUGGAAGACAGCAAGGAGAAGAACGGAAAGAAGAAGAGGAAAAGUCUGGCCAAACGAAUCCGAGAAAGAUGUUGCAUCUUAUAGUCUUGGCGAUUUUGUUAGUCAUCUUUUAGGUUUUCUAUAUGUAUCUGUAUGUUCUAUAUUUUGCCCUAUUGCCAGUCAAACAACGUAUUUGUGUGUCAGUUGUAAGUUUGUUGCUUAGAUUAAAUUAAUUGAGAAGAUUGGGAAGGUCCACUUGAUUUCCAGAAAGAAUCUCCUUUGUCAAAUCAAUGACAUUUACCAGAAACACCAGACAUCCAUUGAACCUGGAUCUGGAAAGCUUCAGAUUUUAUUCUUGUGUCAAAUUCAUGUUUUGCAAGUUUUUCACCCAGUCCUAUUAAAAUUCAGGUCAGAUACGUUUUAUUUAAAUAGCAAUUUGCCAUAAAUGUGAAUAUUAUAACUUUGCAACUUGUCACCACUGUGAAUUAUAAUAAAUACUAUUAAACUAUUAAUUCAAAGAUUUUUAAUGGCAAACUAUUUAACACUGACAAACACUAAAAAUAAAGAGAACCAAAGCUAACCAAUAACCAGCUUUAGGCAUUGGUUUCAGGAAAAUGAGCCCAACACAUAAACAACGCUUUACUGGGACCAUUCUUUUUACUCCAGUAACCCUAAAUUAUUAUUAUUAUUUUUAGAAAGGAUUGGUAUUUCCAAACCAGACCAAGAAUCAGGAAGAUAAUUUGGCUACUGCAAUUUUGUGUACUUCCUGGUGCCUUGGUGUACAUUGCCAGUGUACCACCCUCACAAAUCUCUAUGGUGGCUGAUCAUUUUGAAAUAAGCGAGGCAGCUUAUUUUUCAACACUGUAUUGUCUAUGUAAGCAGCUUGUUAAAGAAGUCACUUUCAUGUUUAUUCUCUGCUUUGCUAUAGGAAGCUUAAAGAUGUCUCAGCAACAUUGGAUGUUGCCCAGAUGUGUAAUAUGACAAUGUUAUGCUUUUAUGUGAUGUGAAAGUCCAAAGUGUGUCUGUUUGGAUGGCUUGUGAAAUCAUUUCCAUACCAGACAUACAUUAACAUCUUAAAAAUAUAUCAGUCGUGCGACUUUUUUUCCCCUACAGUUUUGUUUUUAUAAAGUAUCGCCAGUUUGUUUAUUUCAACCAUUAAAAAUAUUUUUUCUAAUUUAAAGUGCUUAAUUAUUAGCAAAAAAUGAUGUGUAUGGAGUAGUGUCUUACUUUAUAUUCUGCUGCUGCUUUCAGAAAUGAAAUGCUAAUUAAUGCUAGAUUUCUAGUUGAUCAUAACUAAUUGUUUUUUAGGUAAAAGUUGUACUGCUUUUAAGGCUCUUUUCAACCCCCACCAAAAAACAAACAAACAUGAAAGCAUCAGGGCUCUCAAUUGUCCCUAUAGCACAAUUGCCAUCAAUUGGUUUGAUGUUUACAUUUAAAGAAAUUAAAUGAUGAUUAUGCAUCACAUCAUGCAAAAAUGUUGGAAAAAAAUUCCCUAAAAAUGUUUGCAGGUGAACCAGUUACUGUAAGCGGUUUUCUUAAAUAUGACCAAACUCUUUUGAUUAAUCUAAAGAUAUCACACCAAAGGCCAGUGAAGUGUUGGUUUAUAUCUGCAUAGGUUUAAUGUACUAAAGUGUUAUUUUUGUGACCAUGGUAGGCUUUAAUAUCAAAAGCAGCUAUGUUAUUGCCUGUAAUAACUUAUUGUUUCUGUCAUGGUGCUAUUUUGCUUACAGAGGCUUUAUCCUGUGUACUGUAUGUGUGCAGCAUGGGUGUGUGUUGAGAAGCUAUGUGUAUUAAAAGGUGAAGGUUAUUCUGUUACAUAUAUGGUCUGAACAAUGUGCAGCAAGUUCAAAGAAUAGAUACACAAUUGAUUACAAUGUCAAAUAUACAAAACAUUUAGCUACUUUUAAGUUGCCUGUAGUUUUUAAAGAUAUUUUUGAUUCGAAUAGUUUUUUGUCUGAGUUAAAGAAUUUAAACUAAUUUAAAAAUUGCCUACAUUAAUAUCAAAAUAGUUCCAUUUACCUAUUUCCCUUUAUUUUAAUUUUUUUUAAGCUCUGUAAAUGUUUCUUUCUUACCACCUACAUGUCUUUUUAUGUUAUGGGUAUAGCCAUAUCUACAAAAAUCUUAAUGGUGUACAUUAUAUGAAAAGUGAAUUAUUGCUGUGGCAUCAAUUUCUUCUGCGCAAAAUAAAAAACCUUUGUAA